AUGUUACUCUUAAAACACCAGAUUCUGAACGGAGAAAACACUCGGGAUAUCCGUGUCAUACGCGACCUCGAUUUAGAAAAGGAAUUCGAUACGAUCGCCCACUCGUCCAUCCUGAAGGCGAUCGCAGACCUCGGGCUCGGGCGUCGGUUCUACGACUUUAUCCGCUCCUUCCUCACCCGGCGCAGGGCCGUCCUCCGCGCAGGAGACCUGGUGUCGGAAGAAGUCGAGCUCGGACAGCGGGGAACCCCCCAAGGGUCCGUCCUCUCGCCGACGCUCUUCAACCUAGUGAUGAUCGGGCUCUCCGAACGACUCUCGAAGAUCGACGGGCUAAAUCACACCAUCUAUGCGGACGGCAUAACCAUCUGGUGCUCCGCGGGGUCGGAUGGCUUCAUCGAAUCCGCCCUGCAGGAGGCCAUUGAAACUGCCGAGUCCUACCUCGAACACACCGGUCUCAAGUGCUCCCCCACCAAGUCGGACCUGUUGCUGUACUUGCCCAAACGCCGUGGCGCCAAGCCCAAAGGGUGGAAACCUCCGGCCCAACGGAACAUCACACUCCGCAUAAGAGACGGUCGUGUAGAUCCCAGGAUGGAUAUAUGUAGUGGCAAACGGGCAUCGUACUAUGUUGGGCCAAUCAUCGUGCUGCAUGGGGAAGUGCCAUUAAGAGAAGAGAAAGAAGAUGCCCGGCUCGCGCUUUCUGCGUUCCAUUCGGUCCUCGAAAACAACAGCGACGUAAUGAGCGGCCGUUACGUGGGUUUCCCGUUCGUGAAGAAGAGCGGCCAGUUAUCUUCACCGUGGGAGCCCCAAGAGGAACGGCUUCAGCAAAUCUUGCAGCUGCUAAAGGAGUCGCUGUCUGCUGAGGAAGAGGCGAGGCUAACGGCUCGGCGGGCAAUCAAGCAGCUGAGUGAACUUCCCGACUUCAUCAGCUACCUGGUAUUCAUCAUCGCAGAGUUGAAGUUUGAGAAUGAGCACUUGACGAAACCAACCGGCCUAUUGUUGGAUAAAGAUGGCACUGCAAACUCUGGCAACGUUCCCCUGAAUGUGACCGACUCCACCAGGACUAGCAGCUUCGAAAGUGUGGGCGAUCCCUUGGUGGUGAUUGUUGCUGCUCUGGGCUUCUUCAUCACGACAGACGCAACGCUCGAGCUCACACGCUGGCCUGAAUUGCUUCCGCGGCUCGGCGAACUGUUAGACUCGAAGGACGACAGAGUCUGCGAGGGUUCUUUCGGGGCGCUGCACAAGAUCUGUCGGGACUACGCUGCGGCACUGGAUACAGGUCUACUGAAAGAUCAGCUCACUGCUCUUGCACCCAAGUUUCUGAAGUUUUUUCGGCACAGCAACCCUCGGAUCCGGUUCUGCGCCAUAACUUUCAUAAGCCUGCUAUUCCUUAAUCGGGCACAUGCCGUGAUAGUCCACGCUGACUCUGCUGUUACGAGCUUGCUGCAGUUGUUGUAUGAAGAAGACUCCAAAGUGCAGAAAACCAUGUGGCGUGCUCUGAUAGUACUGCUAGAAUAUCAAAUAGACUGUCUCAUCCCUCAUAUGCGCAGCAUCAUAGAGUACGCGAUGGUCAAGCUGCAAGAUACGGACGAAAGCGUUGCGCUAGAGGCGUGCACGACAUUGGCCUGUCUGACGAAGAAGCCAGUCUGCAAGGAAGCACUGGCUCCGUGCUUGUCACGCCUAGUCACCAUUCUGCUCCAAGGUAUGAAGUACUCAGACGCUGACUUAAGACGAUGCAAGGAAGACGUACGACGUAUACAGCCUACGCCUGGCCAGACCAAAAAAGCAACAGAGGGCAACAUUGGCGGAUCUUCAGUGAGAGACAAAAUACAUGCCGAUGACAACAUCUUCUACAAAUGGAAUAUGAGGAAUUGCUCAGCGGACGCGCUGGACGGGAUAGCCAUGGUGUUCAACGAGGAAGUGUUUCACCUGCUGCUGCCUUUCCUUAAGGAGAUGCUUCACAAAGAUUGGGUGACUAAGGAAUCGGCCAUUUUUAUCCUUGGGGUCAUCGCUGAGGGCUGCAUGGAAGGCAUGUCCCAGUAUCUAGAGGAUCUGAUCACGUACUUGCUUCUCUGUCUUAGAGAUAACGAAGCCCCUGUGCGGUCGGCCGCCUGCUGGACCCUGAGCCGCUACUCCCACUGGGUGUUGAGCCAGCCGCACCACCGCUACUUCGAGCCACUUUUGAACCAACUACUGGAGCGGGUAAUGGACGACAGUGAAAUGGUCCAAGAAGUUGCCUGCAAUGCCCUUAUCACGCUGACAGAGGAAGCCAAAACAAAGGUCGUGCCAUACCUCAACGCCAUUUUGGACACGAUCUACUGUAGCUUCAGCAAGUACAGGCGUCCACGUUUUUAUAUGCUGUACAAUGCAAUAAGAACGCUGGCGGACUGUGUGGGACCAGAACUGAAGAGGCGUGAGUUCAUUUUAUUUUUCAUGAAACCACUGACCGACGAGUGGGAUGAGAUGGCAGACGGUGAGGUGAAUUUAUUUUGUCUGCUACGGUGUCUGAGUAGCGUGGCUACUGCAGUGAAAUCUGAAUUCUUGCCUUACCACAUGCCCGUCGCAAAAAGGUGUGUCCACCUCGUGCAACUGGGGAUGCAAGGCUUCUUCGUCGAAGCACUCCGCCUGAGGAAGUCGUAUACACCGAAAAAACCCUUUGUAGUUGCGGCGCUGGCAACGCUCAGUGGACUGGCGGAAGGUUUGGAAAGGGAAAUUAGGCCUUUAGUCGCGGAUACCAACAUCGUUGAGCUCAUGUUCCAGUGCGGCAAGGACCCGGUGCCUGAAGUGCGUCAGGUGACGUUUGCUCUUCUGGGAAACCUCACCAGAGGUUGCUUCGACUGUCUGGUGUCCGUUACCUGCAGCUUCCUGCCUAUACUUGGUGAGAACUUGAACCCAGAGUUGAAACCAGUGUGCAAUAAUGCGACGUGGGCAAUCAGCGAGAUAACCAUGAAGUUGAGAAGCGCUGUGAAACCGCACAUGUCUGAUGUGGUCACUAAACUGGUGACUAACAUGAAGCUCUCGAACACGUCGAAAACCUUGCUUGCGAACACUGCUAUUGCACUCGGAUGUCUUGGUCGCGCUUGCCCAGAAGAAAUGGCGCCGAAGUUACUUCAAUUUAUAGGUCCGUGCUGCUCAGCACUGGGAAAAGUCCAGAAUUGUGAAGCAAAGGACUUCGCGUUCAGUGGCAUCUGCAGUAUGGCUCGUGUGAACCCGGAUGGAGUCAUCCUUGACUUCUUUUUCUUCCUUGAGGCCAUCCUUUCCUGGGCCAUUCCCAAGGACGACUUGAAGCAAACCGUCAAAGACCUGCUCCACCGCUACAAGAAGAUGUUUGGGAGCAAGAAAUGGCAGCAGUUCUCCGAACAGCUUCCACCUGCACUCAGGGGGCGAAUGCUAGACCACUAUGGCAUCUGA